AGCAAUUAUGAGUUAGGAGGAGAUAUGGGCUAAAUAAGAGGAUAUAAAUUUAUAAGCUGAGGAAGGUGAGUAAAGAAGGAAGAAUAAAAAAAGAGUAAUUACAAAUCCCAAUUAAUUAACAGGACAUUGGAGUGAAUAGGAACACAAUACAUAUAUAGAAUUCUUGAAUAUGCACAGAACAGUUAUGGAAUCAUAAGAUUAAAAGAAAACAAGCAAGAUUUUUAAAUUAAUGAGUGAAACUAUUGGUACAAGAAGUCCUUCAUAAUGCCGGUGAGAUUGGUUUUUUCUCUAUCUUCUAGGUCUCAUCACCAGAAGUUCAAUCCUUUUGUGCAUUCGGUCAAGAAGAGAUAGAAGGGAGUUGGUAGAAAGAGAAAAGAGAAUGGAAACUAGGAUAGAAUAGACAAAUAUAAUGAUAACGGACUGCUAUAGUAAUUUAUGGUUGGGCCACAAUUAUAUUAAUAGCAACAGGGAUUUUAGGAUUAUUAAUUUCAAUUUCCAUAGAUGCCAUAUAUGUUUCCAAUACUUGAUUAGAUUGGCAAGGAUGAAGAUAAAUUAAAUAUAUAUGAUCAAUAAUAGUUGUACUAUCAAUAAUACUUGCUUGCAUAAUAAUAAAUGUAAUAAUAAAUGGAUGAUAAAAAUCUAUUUUGUUAUUUUAUGCAUCCACAAUAACUUCAGUUGAAUUUGAAUUACUAUCCAUAAUAAGUGAUAUCUAAUGUAUCAGAAGAUUUGAAUAUCAAAGAUGAUGAAUAAUGA